GAUAAACUCCGGCAGGAGGCUGCCAAAAAUUUAAUAUAGGGGAUAUAGCAAAACCGCACGGAGAUAACCCGAAAUGGAUAGCUUUCUAGUCAUCACCACGGUUGUUCUGUCUCUUUUUAUAGUGUGGAUAUGCAGGGACUCGCGGAAAAGGCGAGUGGGAGAGCCUCCGUUGGUGACCAGUCGGCUGCCAUUCUUAGGCGUCACACUGGAUUACGUUAAAAAUCCUUUAGGCUUCCUGAGAGAGACUCAACAAAAAUAUGGCAGUGUUUUCACAUGUAAGAUCGCCAGGAAGUACUUUACUUUUGUCACAGACCCCUUGUCUUUCUCCUUGGUUGUGCGGCAGGGUAAAAACCUCGACUUCCAGAAGGUUGCUAUUGGUUUCUCACAGCGGGUUUUUGGCCAUGCAGACUUCAGCUCUCCACUCUUCAGUGAGAGUUACAGGGAAGUUCACUCCAUCUUCAGACAGACACUUCAAGGCCCGUCCUUGCAGCAGCUGACCCAGAGCAUGCUCGGUAAUCUGCAGGCGGUUUUGGGACGAGGCCUGCCGCGUGAACACGUCUGGGUCGAGGAGGGUCUGCAGAGCUUCACCAACCGCAUCAUGUUCGAGGCAGGCUUUCUUACUCUGUUUGGAAAGGACGCAGGGUUUCUGCAAGCCGAUGGCGUCUCGGGCACCAGAAAGUGCAUGCAGAAAGCAGCGCAGGAUUUUCUGGUGUUUGAUCGUGCAUUUCCUGCGCUGGCUGCGGGGGUUCCCAUCGCUUUGUACGUGCAAGCGUGGCAGGCGAGGGAAGCCUUGGCAGAGGAACUGCUGCACAGUGAACUUCAGCGCAGGGAUUGUAUCUCAGAUCUAAUUCAGCGCAGAAUGGAUGCAUUUGACCGCAUGCAGUUGGACGAGACCGGGAAAGCGCGCACACAUGUGUGCAUGCUGUGGGCAUCACAGGCGAAUACACUGCCAGCUGCCUUCUGGAGCCUGUACUACACACUGAGGUCUGUUGACGCGCUCACCGCGGCUCGUUCAGAGUUGAACAGAGUUCUGUCUGGCCAAUCAUUAAACAAGCCGGACCAAACUAUCCACCUUUCCAAAGAGCAGCUGGACUCAAUGGCUGUAGUAGAAAGUAUUAUUCAGGAAGCGCUUCGUCUGUCUAGUGCCUCCAUUAUGAUUCGUGUUGCCAAUGAUGACUUUACUCUGACACUGGACUCAGGACAGACAGCGGCCAUCAGAAAAGGAGAUUACAUCGCUCUUUACCCCCAGCUCAUUCACUUGGACCCCGACAUUUACCCCAACCCCACAGAGUUCAAAUAUGACCGCUUCCUGGAUGAGGAAGGUCAAAAAAAGAGUAAUUUCUUCAAAAACGGUCGGCGUCUGAAGCACUUCUUGGUGCCGUUUGGUUCUGGCUCCAGCGAGUGCCCUGGACGGUUCUUUGCCGUGAAUGAGAUUAAACAAUUCCUGGCACUGGCACUGUGGCACUAUGAUCUGCAGCUCAGUGAAACUGAUGCCACCCUGAUUCCAGACAGUGCCCGUGCAGGCCUGGGUAUAAUGCCUCCCUCACGAGAUGUGCUUCUCAGAUACCGAAGAAAAACUAACACCACAGAAGCAGAGUAAAAAAGGAAGUAAAACCAACUGUGAAAUGGCAGGCCUCUAAUAUACAGUAUAUGUUAUAUGAUGGUUCAAGUUUGUUGUUCUUGGACCUUUUUAUGUUUGACAGUUUAAGACUAUUUCUUGUCUAUGCAAUUUUUUUAUUUUUUAUGAUAUCAACGAAAAUUUAGCAUUUUGCACAAUUGGUCCUAAUUGUUGGCAGCACAACAGUAACUGCCUAAUAACAACUGCACAGCUUCUAUAAGAUUGGUUGUACAUAAUGAUUGAAUACUUGUAUAAGUGACUCCAGUUAAAUUUGGCAAUAAAUGCAUUCCUUGUUGAAUCAGAUGAAAAUGUGCAGAAAAGAUAGACAAGAAAAUGUAAAGAUUAUAUUAAUAAUGAUUUGCAGUAAAAUUUCCUUCACAGAUAUUUAAAGGAAUAGUUCACCCAAAAAUGAAAAUUCUCUCAUCAUUUACUCACCCUCAUGCUAUCCCAGAUGUGUAGGACUUUCUUUCUUCUGCAGAACACAAAUGAAGAUUUUUAGAAGAAUAUCUCAGCUCUGUAGGUCCAUAUAAUGCAAGUCAACAGGGUCCAAAACUUUGAAGCUACAAAUAGCACAUACAGACAGCAUAAAAGUAAUCCAUAAGACUCCAG